GCCAAUCAGGAUCUAGAGCUUGUUUUUCUGCUCCCAUUCCGAGAGCUAAACUUGCUUGAGGGAAAAAAGAGCUUUUUUGACCUGCUUUGUGACUUUUACCCUGAGUUCAAAGAGGCAAGACCGAUCUCUGACUGGAUCUGUGAUAGAAAAGUUCUGUUCAUCUUAGAUGGUCUAGAUGAAUAUAAAAAUGAAUUGAGCUUUCAAACCAGCAUUUUGUCAGAUCUUACAAAAAAAGCCACACUGGAUGUCCUCGUAGCAAACCUUCUAAGAGGAAAACUGCUUCCAUCCGCACACCUGUGGAUCACCAGCCGGCCUGUGGCAGCUGAACAGCUUCCAUCUGAGAUCUUCAGACAGGGAUAUGUCACACAGAUCAGAGGAUUCAUAGACGAACAGAAGGAUGAGUACUUCACGAGGCAGUUUGAGGAUCCAGAUCUAACCCAAAAAGUCAUCUGUCACCUGAGGUCUCAUAAGAGCCUGUGGAUAUUGUGCCACAUACCCCUCUUUUGUUGGAUUUCAUCGGUUGUUCUAAAAACCAUCAUUAAAAGUCAAAAUAAAGAUAGUGAAAUGCCCUCAAAUCAGACAGAAAUGUAUAUCCACUAUCUGCUCAUUCAGACUGGGUUAAGCCACAACAAAUAUCAAGGGGAAAAUGUGUCACAAGAAGAUGCUCUCAUACAGCACAAAGAACUGAUUAAGAAACUGGCAGAGUUGGCCUACUGGAAGCUGAAGGAACAGAAUGCCAUCUUCAGUAAAGAAGACUUGAGGAAAUAUUAUAUCACUCCUGAUGAAGCUCUUCGAUAUCCAGGCAUCAUUACCUGUGUCUCUGAGUGCAAGUCUGGAUAUAACAGGACUAAACAUUUCAGCUUUGUCCAUCUCAGUGUCCAGGAAUUCUUUGCAGCCUUGUUUGUUUUUCAUGAAUUUCUAUCAGGAAACCAAGACUCCCUGGCAUUAACUAAAGCAAAAAUGGGGCAAAAGUCUAAUUUGUCGGAUUUUCUCAAAAGCGUGAUUGAUGUGGCCGUGGAAAGCAAAAAUGAACACUUGGAUCUUUUUAACUGUUUUCUCUUUGGAAUUUCGUGUGAUUCCAGCAGAUGUAUACUCGAAGGACUCCUGCCUCGAUUGGACGACAGUAGUUUAGAAGAUCACAAAAAAGUGACCAAGUACAUUAAGUCUUUGAGGAGGAAAGAUCUGUCCCCUGAGAGAUGCUUUGGUCUUGUUCGUUGCAUCGUGGAGCUCAAGGACAGUUCUUUUUUGCAGAUGCCAGAUCUCGAAUGCUCACGGACCACAAAGCCCCUCACACUGUUCCAGUGCACGCUUCUGGCUUUCCGGUUUGUGAUGUCAGAUACAGACCAUGAUGAGUUUUUCUUCAGGAAAUUCAACAUCACUUUAGAAGGAUUUCAGAGAUUCUCUCCAGCCAUCACACGCUUCAGAAAGGCUAUGCUCAAAGGAAGCGGCUUUACAGAGAAACACUGUGACAUCCUGGUGCCUUUACUGACCUCACCAAACUCUCACCUGACUCAUCUUGAUCUGAGCCACAAUAGUCUGGGACUGUCUGCACUGAAGCAACUGUCUAGGGCCUUCUGUGAUCCCAAAUGCCAGAUUCAGAUGCUGAAUCUCAGCCACAAUGACCUCCAUAGUCAGGACAUGGAGCUCAUCAAGGAUGUGCUUUCAGGAUCAAAUGUGAAUCUGAAAAUCCUGGACCUCAGUGACAAUCAACUUGAAGAUGAAGGAGUGAAAAUGAUCUCAGCUGGGCUGCAGAGCGUUAACUGUCAUCUUGAAGUUCUGAAACUUUCAGGCUGUCAUAUUAAAGAAGGAGCUUUGAAGUUACUGUCAUCUUUGAAAGCCAAUCUGAGAGAGCUGGACCUGCAGUAUAAUGACCUUGGAAACAUCAUGGAAAAGAAAGUUUGUCUACGGAAGUAUAAGCAACCCUCACUGAGAAUUUACACUGGAGGAGUCUGCAGUCACCAACCAGGACUGUACCAAUAUGCUGUCACGCUCACCUUUGACCCUCAGACGGCUAACGAAUACCUCUAUCUGAACGAGAACAACACAGUAGCUGUUUGUAAGAGGGAGAAGCAACAGCUUCCUGCUAAUGACGAAAGAUUUGACAAGUGCAACCAGGUCCUGUGUUGCCAGCCGUUGUCAGGACGCUGCUUCUUUACGGUGGAUGUGAUCGGAACAGGUGUGCUCAUGGGUGUGGCAUGUAAGGGAAUCAAGAGGAAGGGUGCGAAUGACACCGUAUGUCUAGGACGCAAUAAGAUGUCGUGGUGUUUAUGUUGCUCAAAAAAUGUAUUUGUGGCUCAUGACAAAAAAACUGAAUCACUAACUAAACCACUUCAAACAGAGUCCACCAGAAAAGUCGGUGUGUUCCUGGACCAGGAGGCUGGUUCGAUUUUCUUCUAUAGGUUGAGCCCAGAGCCUGAACUCUUGUACAUGUUUGAUGCAGAUUUUCCUGAGGACCAGGAACUUUUUGCUGCGUUCAGUAUUCAGGAACCAGACAACUCGGUCUGUUUAAAGGGAUAGUUCACUCAAAAAUGAAAAUUUG